AUGGAUGAGUCGUACAACAACAGGACGUCACUGGUGAAGGGCGCCAAGGACAUCGCCAAGGAGGCCAAACGCCACGCCGCUAAGAAGUUCAGCAAGGUCGUCAACCGCGCUUCGGACGAGUACUCCUCCCAACACAACUACAGCCAGUUCCAGAACGAGGAUGAAGACGAUGAUGACGGACGCUCCGCCUACACGCAGCCCGACGGCAAUGACCACUUCCCCGGUGGUCGCACCGCCAACGAUGAAGACGGGGAAGACUACGCCAGUGAUGCCACGGAGGGUCACGAUGAUGAAGAUGAGAUCUAUGAGGGGGAGUAUCAGGGGGUGCCUGCUGACGGGAAGCCUAGGGAUGGGCAUGAUUCUCUGGGUCAACUUGUCUCAGACAGCCUGAGGGACCGUAAGGACCUGGAGCAGGAGAGGCAGGCGGACGAGGAGGAGCUGGCCCAGCAGUAUGAGCUGAUCAUGCAGGAGUGUGGCCACGGCAGGUUCCAGUGGCAGCUGUUCUUUGUGCUGGGCAUGGCGCUAAUGUCUGAUGGGGUGGAGGUGUUCGUGGUGGGGUUCGUCCUGCCCAGCGCUGAGAUGGACAUGUGUGUCCCCAACUCUGGAGCAGGGUGGCUAGGUAAGGUAUGUGUGUGUGUGUGUGUGUGUGUGUGUGUGUGUUGGUAGAAACUAGUGAUGGGGGAAAAUAUCGAUACAGUUACAUAUCGGGAUAUUAUUUUUGAUGAUAUAUUGUAUCAUAUCGGUUUGACAAUAGUGCAAUAUUAUUUUUGCGCUAGUUGGGUAUACAGUUGAAGUCGGAAGUUUACAUACACUUAGGUUGGAGUCAUUAAAACUCGUUUUUCAACCACUCCACAAAGUUCUUGUUAACAAACUAUAGUUUUGGCAAGUCAGUUAGGACAUCUACCUUGUGCAUGACAUAAAGUAAUUAAUUCCAAAAAUUGUUUACAGACAGAUUAUUUCACUUAUAAUUCACUGUAUCACAAUUCCAGUGGGUCAGAAGUUUACAUACACUAAGUUGACUGUGCCUUUAAACAGCUUGGAAAAUUCCAGAAAAUGAUGUCAUGGCUUUAGAAGCUUCUGAUAGGCUAAUUGACAUAAUUUGAGUCAAUUUGAGGUGUACCUGUGGAUGUAUUUCAAGGCCUACCUUCAAACUCAGUGCCUCUUCGCUUGACAUCAUGGGAAAAUCAAAAGAAAUCAGCCAAGACCUCAAAAAAAAUUGUAGUCUGGUUCAUCCUUGGGAGCAAUCUCCAAAUGCCUGGAGGUACCACGUUCAUCUGUACAAACAAUAGUACGCAAGUAUAAACACCAUGGGACAACGCAGCUGUCAUACCACUCAGGAAGGAGAUGCGUUCUGUCUCCUAGAGAUGAACGUACUUUGGUGUGAAAAGUGCAAAUCAAUCCCAGAACAACAGCAAAGGACCUUGUGAAGAUGCUGGAGGUAACAGGUACAAAAGUAUCCAUAUCCACAGUAAAACGAGUCUUAUAUCGACAUAACCUGAAAGGCCGCUCAGCAAGGAAGAAGCCACUGCUCCAAAACCACCAUAAAAAAGCCAGACUACAGUUUGCAACUGCACAUGGGGACAAAGAUCGUAUUUUUGGGAGAAAUGUCCUCUGGUCUGAUGAAACAAAAAUAGAACUGUUUGGCCAUAAUGCCCAUCGUUAUGUUUGGAGGAAAAAGGGGGUACUUGCAAGCCGAAGACCACCAUCCCAACCGUGAAGCACGGGGGUGGCAGCAUCAUGCUGUGGGGGUGCUUUGCUGCAGGAGGGACUGGUGCACUUCACAAAAUAGAUUGCAUCAUGAGGAAGGAAAAUUAUCUCAAGACAUCAGUCAGGAAGUUAAAGCUUGGUCGCAAAUGGGUGUAUGUAAACUUCCGACUUCAACUGUAAGUGUUCAGACCCUUUACUCAUUUCUUUGUUGAGGCACCUUUGGCAGCGAUUACAGCCUCGAGUCUUCUUGGGUAUGAUACUACAAGCUUGGCACACCUGUAUUUGGGGAGUUUCUCCCAUUCUUCUCUGCAGAUCCUCUCAAGCUCUGUCAGGUUGAAUGGGGAGCGUCGCUGCACAGCUAUUUACUGGUCUCUCCAGAGAUGAUCGAUCGGGUUCAAGUCCGGGCUCUGGCUGGGCCACUCAAGGACAUUCAGAGGCUUGUCCCAAAGCCACUCCUGCGUUGUCUUGGCUGUGUGGUUAGGGUCAUUGUCCAGUUUGAAGGUUAACCUUUGCCCCAGUCUGAGGUCCUGAGCGCUCUGGAGCAGGUUUUCAUCAAGGAUCUCUCUGUACAUUCAUCUUUCCCUCGAUCCUGACUAGUCUCUCAGUCUCUUCCACUGAAAAACAUCCCCAUAGCAUGUUGCUGCCACCACCAUGCUUCACCGUAGGGAUGGUGCCAGGUUUCCUCCAGAUGUGACGCUUGGCAUUCAGGUCAAAGAGUUCAAUCUUGGUUUCUAUAGACCAGAUAAUCUUAUUUCUCAUGGUCUGAGAGUCCUUUAGGUGCCUUUUGGCAAACUCCAAGCGGGCUGUCAUGUGCCUUUUACUGAGGAAUGGCUUCUGUCUGGCCACUCUACCAGAAAGGCCUGAUUGGUGGAGUGCUGCAGAGAUGGAUGUCCUUCUGGAAGGUUCUCCCAUCACCACAGAGGAACUCUGGAGCUCUGUCAGAGUGACCAUCCAGUUCUUGGUCACCUGCCUGACCAAGGCCCUUCUCCCCCUUCUCCCCCGAUUGCUCAGUUUGGCUGGGCGGCCUGCUCUAGGAAGAGUCUUGGUGGUUCCAAACUGUUUCCAUUUAAGAAUGAUGGAGGCCACUGUGUUCUUGGGGACCUUCAAUGCUGCAGAAAUUUUUUGGUACCCUUCCCCAGAUCUGUGCCUCAACACAAUCCUGUCUCAGAGCUCUACGGACAAUUCCUUCGACGUCAUGGCUUGGUUUUUGCUCUGACAUGCACUGUCAACUGUGGGACUUUAUAUAGACAGGUGUGUGCCUUUCCAAAUAAUGUCCAAUCAAUUGAAUUUACCACAGGUAGACUCCAAUCCAGUUGUAGAAACAUCUCAAGGAUGAUCAAUGGAAACAGGAUGCACCUGAGCUCUAUUUCGAGUCUCAUAGCAAAGGAUCUGAAUACAUUUGCAAAAAUGUCAAAAACCUGUUUUUGCUUUGUCAUUAUGGGAUAUUGUGUGUAGAUUUAUGAUUUAAAUUUUAGAAUAAGGCUGUAACGUAACAAAAUAUGGAAAAGGUCAAGGGGUCUGAAUACUUUCCGAAUGCACUGUAUAGCGAGCAACAUGUUUGGAACAUCGAAUCGCAAUUAAAACACAGUAUCGAAUCAAAAUACAUAUAGAAUCGUGAGAAUCGCAAUACAUAUCAUCUCGGCCUAUGUAUCAUGAUAAUAUCGUAUCGUGAGGUCCCUGGCAAUUCCCAUCCCUAGUAGAAACGGGCAGUGAGGACAUUGGAUGCCAUUUACAACUGUGUUCUCAUUGCGUUAAAGCAUGUUGGGUUGUCAUGCCACCAGGUAUUUGUAUACUUGAGUAGGAGGUGUUUUCUCUCCCACCGCACUAGGGAGCAGUGUGUGUGUUGUUAGAGUCUACAGAAAAAUGAAUUCCAAGGCCACACAAACCCAGAUGCAGUUAACAUGUCAUCAUCAUUAUCCUCAUCUGAGGUAAUGGUGACUCACCCUAAAGAAACAGAGAUACCACCCACUGCGCACACCAAUUCAUCACCAAGUAAUUUCAACGAGGAUAAUUGGGUAAUAUUUGUUUGAAAUUACAACCUAUAUUCACACACCAGGGCGUUUCAGAGGGCAGGUGCUCAAUAUGAAAAAAGGGCACCUUUUUUUUUUUGCAUAUGCCUAUUUAUUCUUGCAACAACACACUCACUCAUCAUCACAAAUUGUAUCAAGCUUGUUACAGUGCCUCCUAAAGACAUGAUUGACAUCGGGAAAAGAGGGUGGUCAUUGAUGGUGAUGAUUGAUGUAAAUCUGCUAGUUAGCUAGCUCGAUUUCUUUUACUGAUUGUAAUUUACCUCACUGUCUUUCUGCCUCUCUCUGCUAUGCCUACCAGCCAACCAGACCGAAUGUUGAUGAUGAUGUAGGCUAAAUCAAGUGUUAUCAAGUGUUAAUCAAAUGUUAUGCUGCCGUGGCAGUACUGUUGAUAUUUAAAUUAGAUAGCUAUCUACACACACUCGACCGGUGACCGCAUCGCUCAAGCCAUGCAUGUUUGGAUACCAGGCGUGUGCAAUCUCUAUACAGGGCAGAAUGAAAAAAAAGGCAUAACCGUAUAUGGUAGAUCAACAGGCUACUGAACGGACAGGGUGGGGGGUGGCGAACUUGAUGACAACUUGUGGGCAGUGGUUUCCAAACAUCCAAAUUCCAAUGGAAAAACAAUGUCUGAUUUUUGGUUUAGUUGUCACCCAAAUGUCUAUCACUGUGCUUUCAACCAUUUAAAAGCACAGCAACGUAGAAAUGGGAAUACAAUGUCAGAUACUUGUUUAUUUAAACAACAGAUUCAUGUGUUAUCCCUGUGCUUCAUCUAAUAGCAGAACCAAAUGACCUGGAUUGCAGUUGAAAUUACAUUAAAAGUACAUGGUGCAAGUGAUCAAUGCCAUUCGAGAUUCUGCACAGACUAUUUCAGCAAUUGUGAAGAUCAAUUAAUCAAUCAAUCAAUCAAAUGUAUUUAUAAAGCCCUUUUUACAUCAGCAGAUGUCACAAAGUGCUUAUACAUAAACCCAGCCUAAAACACCAAACAGCAAGCAAUGCAGAUGUAGAAGCAUGGUGGCUAUGGAAAACUCUCUACAAAGGCAAGAACCUAGGAAGAAACCUAGAGAGGAACCAGGCUCUGAGGGGUGGCCAGUCCUCUUCUGGCUGUGCUGGGUGGAGAUUAUACGAGUACAUGGCCAUUAAGGCCAGAUCGUUCUUCAAGAUGUUCAAAUGUUUGUGACCAGCAGGGUCAAAUAAUAAUCAGAGUGGUUGUAGAGGGUGCAACAGGUCAGCACCUCAGGUGUAAAUGUCAGUUGGCUUUUCAUAGCCGAGAAUUCAGAGGUCGAGACAGCAGGUGUGGUAGAGAGGGAGGGAGAGAGAGAGAGAGAGAGCGCGAGAGAGAGGGAGAGGGAGAGAGAGGGUCAAAAACAGCAGGUCCAGGACAAGGUAGCAUGUCCGGUGAACAAGUCAGGGUUCCAUAGCCACAGGCAGAAAAGUUGAAACUGGAGCAGCAGCACGACAAGGUAGCACAUCCGGUGAACUGGUCAGGGUUCCAUAGCUAUAGGCAAAACAGCAGAAACUGGCUCAGCAGCACGCUCUCCACAGACCUGCGACGACCUCUGCAUGCUAUCUUGAACAUGCACACUUUAUAUGAUUACAUAAGAAGAUGGCAUCCAUUUAUAGUUACAGGAUCAAGGCGGAACAACAUGGUUGUGGACGGAAUUGCAGAAUCUCCACAUGAGACCUGGACAGAGUCUGAGGACAAAGUGAGGGAAAUGGAAGAUGGACCACAGGAAGAUUGAAGGGGAGCGUACCCACAGGACUGGAAAAACAACCACCUGCCCAGGUGACAGGCCCAGGCCGAUAGUGGUCAAGUUCCUGAGGUUCAAGUAAAAGGUAGCUGUUCUGGAAAGAGCCAAGAACUUGGGAGGAACGUACAUCUUCCUCAACGAGGACUAUCCUGAAGCUGUGUGCCAGAAGAGGGAAGAUCUUAUCCCAGCCAUGAAAGCUGCCAGAGCGCGUGGGGACAUUGCUUACAUCCGCUAUGACAGGCUCAUUGUCCACCCUCCCUCCCAAAAGCCUGGGCGGGAUGAGAGAGCCAAGCCUAUUGGUUCGUAGCUUCAACCCCACAGCACACACACACACUUACACACACCAACUGAUUAAUGGACUGCUGAAUGUAUAUUUUUUUAUCUUGCUUUGUUUGCUCUUUUCCAUAUUAUGUCUAUCUCUGAUAAGCUACCCAGGAAAGGGCUGAAAAUAUCCCAUAUUAAUAUAUGUAGCCUUAGAAAUAAGGUUAAUGAAAUCAAUAACUUGCUAAUAUCAGAUAACAUUCAUAAAUUUGCCAUUUCUGAGACUCACUUACAGUAUAUAGUUCAUUUGAUGAUACAGCAGGAGCAAUACAAGGAUAUAACAUCUCUGUAGCUCAAUUGGUAGAGCAUGGCGCUUGUAACGCCAGGGUAGUGGGUUCGAUCCCCGGGACCACCCAUACGUAAAAAUAUAUGCACACAUGACUGUAAGUCGCUUUGGAUAAAAGCGUCUGCUAAAUGGCACAUUAUUAUAUUAUUAUAGAAGAGACAGGAAUGCUUAUGGGGGAGGUGUUGCUGUAUAUAUUCAGAGCCAUAUCCCUGUAAUGCUUAGAGAAGAUCUUAUGUCAAGUGUUAUUGAAGUGUUGUGGUUGCAUGUUCACCUGGCACAUCUAAAACCUUUUAUGUUGGGGUGUUGCUAUAGGCCACUAAGUGCUAACAGUCAGUAUCUAAAUAAUAUGUGUGAAAUGCUUGAUAGUGUAUGUACACUACCGGUCAAAAGUUUUAGAACACCUACUCAUUCAAGGAUUUCUCUUUUCUACAUUGUAGAAUAAUAGUGAAGACAUCAAAACUAUGAAAUAACACAUUUGGAAUCAUGUAAUAACCAAAACAGUGUUAAACAAAUCAAAAUAUAUUUUAUAUUUGAGAUUCUUCAAAGUAGCCACCCUUUGCCUUGAUGACAGCUUUGGACACUCUUGGCAUUCUCUCAACCAGCUUCACCUGGAAUGCUUUUCCAACAGUCUUGAUGGAGUUUCCAACAGUCUUGAUGGAGGUCGGGUGAUUGUGGAGGCCAGGUCAUCUGAUACAGCACUCCAUCACUCUCCUUCUUGGUCAAAUAGCCCUUACACAGCCUGGAGGUGUGUUGGGUCAUUGUCCUGUUGAAAAACAAAUGAUUGUCCCACUAAGCCCAAACCAGAUGGGAUGGCGUAUCGCUGCAGAAUGCUGUGGUAGCCAUGCUGGUUAAGUGUGCCUUGAAAUCUAAAUAAAUCACAGACAGUGUCACCAGCAAAGCACCCCCACACCAUCACACCUCCUCCUCCGUGCUUCACGGUGGGAACUACACACGCGGAGAUCAUCCGUUCACCUACAUUGCAUCUCACAAAGACACAGCAAAUUUGGACUCCAGACCAAAGGACACAUUUCCACCGGUCUAAUGUCCAUUGCUCGUGUUUCUAGGCCCAAGCAAGUCUCUUCUUCUUAUUGGUGUCCUUUAGUAGUGGUUUCUUUGCAGCAAUUCGACCAUGAAGGCUUGAUUCACGCAGUCUUCUUUGAACAAUUGAUGUUGAGAUGUCUGUUACUUGAACUCUGUGAAGCACUUAUUUGGGGUGCAAUUUCUGAGGCCGUGUGAUGGAUGAUUUCGAAAGAGUCAGGCGCAGGAGGGUAAAUCACAAAAUAACAGGAUUUAUUCCGGAACACAGUUACGCAGUAAUGUGUCAAAACACUCCAGUGCGCAAAACAGGCGCACUGGAAGCAACAAGGCACACAGGGAAAUAUCCCGGCGAUACAAAAUACUAGGAGCUCCACCGAGCUUCACUAACCUCACAAUAAACAAUCACACACAAAGACAAGGGGCCAUAGGGAACACAUAUACAGGUAAUGAUGAGGGGAUAUGAACCAGGUGUGUGUAAUAAACAAGACAAAACAAAUGGAAUGAUGAGAUGCGGAGCGGCAGUGGCUAGAAGGCCUGUGACGACGAACGCCGAAGCCUGCCCGAACAAGGAGAGGAGGCAGCUUCGGAGGAAGUCAUGACAGGCUGGUAACUCUAAUGAACUCCUCUGCAGCAGAGGUAACUCUGGGUCUUCCUUUCCUGUGGCGGUCCUCAUGAGAGCCAGUUCAUCAUAGCGCUUUAUGGUUUUUGCGACUGCACUCGAAGAAACUUUCAAAGGUCUUCACAUUUUCCGUAUUGACUGACCUUCAUGUCUUAAAGUAAAGAUGGACUGUUAUUUCUCUUUGCUUAUUUGAGCUGUUCUUGCCAUAAUAUGGACUUGGUCUUUUACCAAAUAGGGCUAUAUUCUGUAUACCCUCCCCCGCUACCUUGUCACAGCACAACUGAUUGGCUCAAACACAUUAAAAAGGAAAGAAAUUCCACAAAUUAACUUUUAACAAGGUACACCUGUUAAUUGAAAUGCAUUCCAGGUGACUACCUCAUGAAUCUGGUUGAGAGAAUGCCUAUAGUAUGCAAAGCUGUCAUCAAGGCAAAGGGUGGCCUUAUAUUUUGAGUUGUUUAACACUUUUUUGGUUACUACAAGAUUCCAUAUGUGUUAUUUCAUAGUUUUGAUGUCUUCACUAUUAUUCUACAAUGUAAAAAAUAGUAAAAAUAAAGAAAAACCCUGGAAUGAGUAGGUGUGUCCAAACUUUUGACCGGUACUGUACGUAAACAGAGAGGUCUACUUUGACUGGUUUUCAUCAACCUGUCCGCUCAAGAGGAAGCUUCUCACUGUAAACAGUACCUGUAAUCUGGUUCAGGUUAUUAAUCAACCUACCAGAGUGUUUACAAACACUACAGGAACAAGAUCAUCCACAUGUAUUGAUCACAUUUGUGACUUGUUUCAGGAAACUAGGCGUAUGUCGUUUGUCACUACUUCACAGGGGUGCCAUUUGAACAUAAGCUUUUAUUUUUAUCAAAAUGCUCCACUUUCUGGAGGACUGAGUUGGAAUCAGUGGAAUUAGAGUAGGAUAGCUAAGGAGAUGGAGAAGAUUCUGGCGUAUGAUUGCAAAUAUGCAGACGGAGUCGAAAAGAGAACACACAGAAGGCUCUGGAUUACAUCUUCAAACUAAGGGCAACUAUGGCAUCCGUGACAGAGAGGGAGAAGCAUCCAUCCAUGUAUACGGGUAAGAGAGUCUAGCUAGCUCCAUUUUCAGAUAUUACACAUUUCUAAUUUUGUCAGAAAGUUGUUUUCAUUUCAAGUUAAAGUGUACUGUUAGCUAGCUAGCUAACGUUAGCUGGCUGGCUAGCUAGCUAACAUUACGUGUUUGAUCUGUGUAGUAAUAUUAUUCGUAUCGCAGCGCCAUUCACAUUGCUAAUUAUACCCUAAUGUUAGCUAGCUAACAUUGAACCUGGCUGGUUAGGUACCUGCAGAUUCAUGCAGGGUAGUAACAUUAUGAGUUGGGAUUAUGGUUCAUUGUUUAGCUAGCUAGCUACAUGUCUAAACAAAAGACACCACUAUGCAAGUAACUAUUUCAAUAGAAUGUUUAUGAUGUCACUGCGAAAACUGUCAAUAGACGUAGCUGGUAAAUUCGCUGACGAAUUUAGGAAUGCUCAACACCCAUUGAAUAUGGCCUGUGUCAGUAAAAAAACGUUGGCAAAAAACGUGUAAUUAAAUUGUUGCCAGCAGCACAAUUGCAGUCACCAACGCUUUGGAUAACAUAAAAACAGCCUAACCAGCUCUGCUAGGGCGAGUAAAAUGGUCAGAAUGAGCUGUCAUUUGUGUCUGAAAGUAGCUCACAAGCUAUCCAACAUUAGCCAGUUAGCUUGACUGCUGUUGUUAGGUCAGAACGCUCAGAUCAACCCUACUUUUCGGCCAGAGCGUCCAGUGUGCGCUCCAAGAACAAAACGCUCUGAAUUUACGAAUGGCCAAUCUGACAACGCUCUGAGUUUACGAACACCCAGAGCACACUCUAGCACUCCAGAUUAAGUUUACGAACACACCCGUAGUAUAAACCAUGCUUUAGUCUUGAAAUCUUUGGUUGUUUAGUACAUAGCCUCAGAUGUGAAUCCUUAAAGAGAUGGGUGGGGCUAAAGCUUAAAAGGUUGUGAAUGAUGCUGAAUGGAUGUAGACAAAGAAGAGCUCUCCAGUAGGUACCAAAACAUUCAAGGGCCAUUUUCUCAAAAGAGAGGUUACAAGUUUAUCAACUUUCAAAGCAGAAUUACUUUCCCAUUGUUCCUCAACUGUAGUGUGUGAUAUACCAUUUUUCUAGCUCUGAGUCUCUACUUUUAUCCAAUGUAAAAAGCACAAUUUCAAAUGUUGCUACAUAAGACCGAAUCGAGCUGGUCGGUCACAUUUUUACUAAUACUGUAGAACUUUGUUCUAAAGCUACAGUGGGGGAAAAAAGUAUUUAGUCAGCCACCAAUUGUGCAAGUUCUCCCACUUAAAAAGAUGAGAGAGGCCUGUAAUUUUCAUCAUAGGUACACGUCAACUAUGACAGACAAAAUGAGAUUUUUUUUCUCCAGAAAAUCACAUUGUAGGAUUUUUAAUGAAUUUAUUUGCAAAUUAUGGUGGAAAAUAAGUAUUUGGUCAAUAACAAAAGUUUCUCAAUACUUUGUUAUAUACCCUUUGUUGGCAAUGACACAGGUCAAACGUUUUCUGUAAGUCUUCACAAGGUUUUCACACACUGUUGCUGGUAUUUUGGCCCAUUCCUCCAUGCAGAUCUCCUCUAGAGCAGUGAUGUUUUACAUUUACAUUUUACAUUUAAGUCAUUUAGCAGACGCUUUUAUCCAGAGCGACUUACAGUUAGUGAAUACAUAUUUUUUUUUAUACUGGCCCCCCGUGGGAAUUGAACCCACAACCCUGGCGUUGCAAACGCCAUGCUCUAUCAACUGAGCUACAUCCCUGCCGGCCAUUCCCUCCCCUACCCUGGACGACGCUGGGCCAAUUGUGCGCCGCCCAUGAGUCUCCCGGUCGCGGCCGGCUGCGACAGAGCCUGGAUUCGAACCAGGAUCUAGUGGCACAGUUAGCACUGCGAUGCAGUGCCUUAGACCACUGCGCCACUCAGGCUAACCUGUUUUGGGGCUGUCGCUGGGCAACACGGACUUUCAACUCCCUCCAAAGACUUUCUAUGGGGUUGAGAUCUGGAGACUGGCUAGGCCACUCCAGGACCUUGAAAUGCUUCUUACGAAGCCACUCCUUCGUUUCCCGGGCGGUGUGUUUGGGAUCAUUGUCAUGCUGAAAGACCCAGCCACGUUUCAUCUUCAAUGCCCUUGCUGAUGGAAGGAGGUUUUCACUCAAAAUCUCACGAUACAUGGCCCCAUUCAUUCUUUCCUUUACACGGAUCAGUCGUCCUGGUCCCUUUGCAGAAAAACAGCCCCAAAGCAUGAUGUUUCCACCCCCAUGCUUCACAGUAGGUAUGGUGUUCUUUGGAUGCAACUCAGUAUUCUUUGUCCUCCAAACACGACGAGUUGAGUUUUUACCAAAAAGUUCUAUUUUGGUUUCAUCUGACCAUAUGACAUUCUCCCAAUCCACUUAAGGAUCAUCCAAAUGCACUCUAGCAAACUUCAGACGGGCCUGGACAUGUACUGGCUUAAGUAAAGGACACGUCUGGCACUGCAGGAUUUGAGUCCCUGGCGGCGUAGUGUGUUACUGAUGGUAGGCUUUGUUACUUUGGUCCCAGCUCUCUGCAGGUCAUUCACUAGGUCCCUCUGUGUGGUUCUUGGAUUUUUGCUCACCGUUUUUGUGAUCGUUUUGACCCCACGGGGUGAGAUCUUGCGUGGAGCCCCAGAUCGAGGGAGAUUAUCAGUGGUCUUGUAUGUCUUCCAUUUCCUAAUAAUUGCUCCCACAGUUGAUUUCUUCAAACCAAGCUGCUUUCCUAUUGCAGAUUCAGUCUUCCCAGCCUGGUGCAGGUCUACAAUUUUGUUUCUGGUGUCCUUUGACAGCUCUUUGGUCUUGGCCAUAGUGGAGUUUGGAGUGUGACUGUUUGAGGUUGUGGACAGGUGUCUUUAAUACUGAUUGAACAAGUUCAAACAGGUGCCAUUAAUACAGGUAACGAGUGGAGGACAGAGGAGCCUCUUAAAGAAGAAGUUACAGGUCUGUGAGAGCCAGAAAUCUUGCUUGUUUGUAGGUGACCAAAUACUUAUUUUCCACCAUAAUUUGCAAAUAAAUUCAUUAAAAAUCCUACAAUGUGAUUUUCUGGAUUUGUUUUUCUCAAUUUGUCUGUCAUAGUUGACGUGUACCUAUGAUGAAAAUUACAGGCCUCUCUCAUCUUUUUAAGUGGGAGAACUUGCACAAUUGGUGGCUGACUAAAUACUUUUUUUCCCCACUGUAUAUCCGUACUUAUUGGAUGCAGUGAUCACAAAGAGUUCCAAAUGCUGGGCCUAAAAUAGAAUGUACAGUUGAAGUCGUAAGUUUACAUACACCUUAGCCAAAGACAUUUAAACUCAGUUCUUCACAAUUCCUGACAUUUAAUCCUAGUAAAAUUCCCUGUCUUAGGUCAGUUAGGAUCACCACUUUAUUUUAAUAAUGGGAAAUGUCAGAAUAAUAGUAGAGAGAAUGAUUUAUUUCAGGAUUUAUUUCUUUCAUCACAUUCCCAGUGGGUCAGAAGUUUACAUACACUCAAUUAGUAUUUGGUAGCAUUGCCUUUAAAUUGUUUAACUUGGGUCAAACGUUUCGGGUAGCCUUCCACAAGCUUCCCACAAUAAAUUGGGUGAAUUUUGGCCCAUUCCUCCUGACAGAACAGGUGUAACUGAGUCAGGUUUGUAGGCCUCCUUGCUCGCACACGCUUUUUCAGUUCUGCCCACAAAUGUUCAAUAGGAUUGAGGUCAGGGCUUUGUGAUGGCCACUCCAAUACCUUGACUUUGUUGUCCUUAAGCCAUUUUGCCACAACUUUGGAAGUAUGCUUGGGGUCAUUGUCCAUUUGGAAGACCCAUUUGCGACCAAGCUUUAACUUCCUGACUGAUGUCUUGAGAUGUUCCUUCAAUAUAUCCACAUCAUUUUCCUUCCUCAUGAUGCUAUCUAUUUUGUGAAGUGCACCAGUCCCUCCUGCAGCAAAGCACCCCUACAGCAUGAUGCUGCCACCCCCGUGCUUCACGGUUGGGAUGGUGUUCUUCGGCUUGCAAGCAACCCCCUUUUUCCUCCAAACAUAACAAUGGUCAUUAUGGCCAAACAGUUCUAUUUUUGUUUCAUCAGACCAGAGGACAUUUCUCCAAAAAGUACGAUCUUUGUCCCCAUGUGCAGUUGCAAACCGUAGUCUGGCAUUUUUAUGGCGGUUUUGGAGCAGUGCCUUCUUCCUUGCUGAGCGGCCUCGUUUUACUGUGGAUAUAGAUACUUUUGUACCUGUUUCCUCCGGCAUCUUCACAAGGUCCUUUGCUGUUGUUCUGGGAUUGAUUUGCACUUUUCACACCAAAGUACGUUCAUCUCUAGGAGACAGAACGUGUCUCCUUCCUGAGCGGUAUGAUGGCUCUGUGGUCCCAUGGUGUUUAUACUUGCGUACUAUUGUUUGUACAGAUGAACGUGGUACCUUCAGGCAUUUGGAAAUUGCUGGCAAGGAUGAACAAGACUUGUGGAGGUCUAAAAAAAAAAUUCUGAGGUCUUGGCUGAUUUAUUUUAUUUUCCCAUAAUGUCAAGCAAAGAGGCACUGCGUUUGAAGGUAGGCCUUGAAAUACAUCCACAGGUACACCUCCAAUUGACUCAAAUUAUGUCAAUUAGCCUAUCAGAAGCUUCUAAAGCCAUGACAUCAUUUUCUGGAAUUUUCCAAGCUGUUUAAAGGCACAGUCAACUUAGUGUAUGUAAACUUCUGAACCACUGGAAUUGUGAUACAGUGAAUUAUAAGUUAAAUAAUCUGUCUGUUAACAAUUGUUGGAAAAAUUACUUAUGUCAUGCACAAAGUAGAUGUCCUUACCGAUUUGCCAAAACUAUAGUUUGUUAAGAAGAAAUUUGUGGAGUGGUUGAAAAACAAGUUUAAAUGACUCCAACCUAAGUGUAUGUAAACUUCCGACUUCAACUGUAUAUCCGAAUGCCGCUGGUUCUCGUUCUAAUCUUCGUCUUGGCAUUUAUUCCCUAAUUUUCCUUCUUAUCUUUCUCUCUUUACUUCUUUAUAUAUUUGUUUAUACCUGGACGGCUAGUCAAUAUCUCAAAUAGUAUUACUAUUUCCUGUAUCCACCACUGUUUAAAUUCUAAUCCUCCUGGUAACGUGAAUUUUUCCACACUAAGUAUGUCAAUGAUCAUUCACGCACCAUCUAUUCUUCUCCUCCUAAUGUGAGAUUGGGCACGCCCUCUCCCCACCAGAGACAGAAGCUAUAAGCGACCUCAAAUAUAGUCCCUCUCCUGAUCCACUUCCUCAACACAGAAAAAUUAUAUUAUUCGCAGGAUUUCUUGUUCUUUUCUGAUCACCCACACAGAUGAGCAGCCCUACUCUACCUAGCGUUUUCUAUAUUUUGCAGCCCUUGCGGCUAUAUUCGCUUCUGUUCACCUACUCAGGAUAACCAGCGCUACUUCCAAUUAUUACAUAACCUACUCAGGAUGAUCAAAACUACUACUCCACCUAGUGGCAAUUUAUACAGCAUACAACUAGGACAAACAUCUUGUUUACCGUCCUAUAAAUAACCGGGACAAACAUCUCGUUUACCGCCCCUCACACAACUAGGACAAACAUCUCGUUUACCGUCCUAGCACUCCAGAGUGAACAAUUACACUAACCAUCGGCUUUAUACUUGGAAUUUGCCCUAAAUCCUAUCACCAAGUCAACAUAUAUAUAGUCUCACCUCGGAAUUUCUAACUAUCACCUAGAUGGUCUGAGUCAGUUUCCAACAGGUUUAUCUAUUAAGAGUUUGGUAAUAAAUCAAUAUAUACCACAAUGUAGGCUUCAUCUCUUAAAUGAACAGCAUACUGUGAGUGAGGCGCCACUUACGUGUCAGAAUAACUCAUCAAUCACACAGUGCUUUGUUCAAAUUACAGACUUUAGAUAUAACAGGCGUCUGCUUACCUUUAGGAAUUAGUUGCGCAGCACAGUAGGUCGAUGCUCACUCCAACGGCGGGUAGUCACUCACUCCUGGCAAGCUCGCCAAAAUUUAGAGGAUUCUUUGCACAGUGCUGAUAUUCUCUUAUUCUUAAACAAACCAAAAGCUUUAGAAUAUGACACAGACAAUGACUUCUGAGUAUAUGUAAAAUAUCUUUAGUUAUGCAAUUGCAGGGAGAAGUUUCCCGAGUGGCGCAGUGGUCUAAGGCACUGCAUCGCAGUGCUAGCUGUGCCACUAGAGAUCCUGGUUCGAAUCCAGGCUCUGUCGUAGCCGGCCGCGACCGGGAGACCCAUGGGGCGGCGCUCAAUUGGCCCAGCGUCAUCCAGGGUAGGGGAGGGAAUUGCCGGCAGGGAUGUAGCUCAAUUGGUAUAACGUGGUGUUUGCAAUGCCAGGGUUGUAGAUUCCCACGGGGGACCAGUAUGACAUUUUUUAAAAGAAUGUAUGCACUCACUAACUGUAAGUCGCUCUGGAUAAGAGCGUCUGCUAAAUGACUAAAAUGUAAAUGUAGAAGUUAAUACAGAAUCACACAGGAUUUGGAUGGCUCCUCAAAAGUUCUACAAAAGUGUCUAAAGCAAUCUCUGCUUUUUAUACAAGUACUUUUUGAGGAUCUGGGGACCCAUGCCAAUUCUUUUCAGUCUCCUGAGGGGGAAAAGGCGUUGUCUUGCCCUCUUCACGACUUUCUUGGUGUGUUUGGAACAUGAUAGUUUGUUGGUCAUAUGGACACGAAGGAACUUGAAACUCUCAACCCGUCCACUACAGCCCCGUCGAUGUGAAUGGGGGCGUGUUUGGCCCUCCUUUUCCUGUAGUCCACGGUCAUCUCCUUUGUCUUGCUGGCGUUGAGGGAGAGGUUGUUGUCCUGGCACCACACUGCCAGGUCUCUGACCUCCUCCCUAUAGGUUGUCUAAUAUUUGUUGGUGAUCAGGCCUACCACCAUUGUGUCGUCAGCAAACUUAAUGAUGGUGUUGGAGUCGUGCUUGGCCACGCAGUUGUGGGUGAACAGGGAGUACAUGAGGGGACUAAGCACGCACCCCUGAGGGGCCCCCAUGUUGAGGAUCAUCGUGGCAGACGUGUUGUUGCCUACCCUUACCACCUGGGGGCGGCCCGUCAGGAAGUCCAGGAUCCAGUUGCAGAGGGAGGUGUUUAGUCCCAGGGUCCUUAGCUUAGUGAUGAGCUUUCUGGGCACUAUGGUGUUGAAAGCUGAGCUGUAGUCAAUGAACAACAUUCUCACAUAGGUGUUCCUUUUGUCCAGGUGGGAAAGGGCAGUGUGGAGUGCGAUUGAGAUUGUGUCAUCUGUGGAUCUGUUGGGGCGGUAUGCGAAUUGGAGUGGGUCUAGGGUUUCUGGGAUGAUGGUGUUGAUGUGAGCCAUGACCUUUCAAAGCACUUCAUGUCUACCGACGUGGGGGAUAUUUCCUGCUUUAGUUUUUGCUUGUAAGCAGGAAUCAGAAGGAUAGAAUUAUGGUCAGAUUUGCCAAAUGGAGGGCGAGGGAGAGCUUUGUACACGUCUCUGUGUGUGGAGUAAAGGUAGGUAGAAAUUAGGUUAAUUGGAUUUAAGUUUGCCUGCAUUAAGGUCCCCGGCCACUAGAAACGCCGCUUCUGGAUGAGCAUUUUCUUGUUUGCUUAUGGCUUUAUUCAGCUCGUUGAGUGUGGUCUUAGUGCCAGCGUUGGUUUGUGGUGAUAAAUAGACGGCUAUGAAAAAUAUAGAUGAAACCUCUCUUGGUAGAUAGUGUGGUCUACAGCUUAUCGUGAGGUACUCUAACUCAGGCGAGCAAUACCUUGAGACUACCUUAAUAUUAGACAUCGCUCACCAGCUGUUAUUGACAAAUAGACACACACCCCCACCCCUCGUCUUACCGGACGUAGCUGUUCUAUCCUGCCGAUGCACGGAAAACCCAGCCAACUGUAUAUUAUCCCUGUCGUCAUUCAGCCACGACUCUCUGAAACAUAAGAUAUUACAGUUUUUAAUGUCCCGUUGGUAGGAUAGUCUCGAACGGAGCUCAUCCAGUUUAUUCUCCAGUGAUUGCACGUUGGCCAAUAGAACGGAUGGUUGAGGCGGGUUAACCACAUGCCGACAAAUUCUCACAAGGUACCCUGAUCUGCGCCCUGGUAUCUCCUUCUUUUCUUCACAAAUGACGGGGAUUUAGGCCUUGUCCGGGAGUAACAUUAUAUCCUUCUCGUCAGACUCAUUAAAGAAAAAAUCUUCGUCCAGUUCGAGGUGAGUAAUCGCUGUUCUGAUACCCAGAAGCUCUUUUUGGUCAUAAGAGACGGUAGCAUAAAUGUUAUGUACAAAAUAAGUUACAAACAAAGCGAAAACACACAAAAUAGCACAAUUGGUUAGGAGCCCGUAAAACGGCAGCCAUCCCCUCCGUCACCAUUUUUCUGGACAAUAAUCAAGAUGAGAUAAAUCAAGUUUUAGACCUCAGCUGUAUCUAAUAAUGAAUGGUGUGGCUGUUGAACAAGUUGAGGAGACUAAAUUACUUGGUGUUACCUUAGAUUGCAAACUGUCAUGGUCAAGACAUAUAGAUUAAAUGGUUGUAAAGAUGGGGAGAAGUAUGUCUGUAAUAAAUAGAUGCUGUGCUUUUUUGACACCACACUCCACAAAGCAAGUCCUGCAGGCUCUAGUUUUAUCAAAUCUUGAUUAUUGUCCAGUCAUAUGGUAAAGUGCUGCAAAGAAAGACCUAGUUAAGCUGCAGCUGGCCCAGAACAGAGUGGCACGUCUUGCUCUUCAUUGUAAUCAGAGGGCUAAUAUUAAUACUAUGCAUGCCAGUCUCUCUUGGCUAAGAGUUGAGGAGAGACUGACUGCGUCACUUCUUGUUUUUAUAAGAAACAUUCAUGUGUUGGAAAUUCCAAAUAGUUUGCAUAGUCAACUUACACACAGCACUGACACACACACAUUUACCCCACCAGACAUGCCACCAGGGGUCUUUUCACAGUCCUCAGGUCCAGAACAAAUUCAAGAAAACGUACAGUAUUAUACAGAGCCAUGAGUGCAUGGAACUCCCUUCCAUCUUAAAUAGUGCAAGUGAACAGCAAACCUUGUUCCAAAAACAAAUAAAGCAACACCUCACGGCACAACGCCUCUCCCCCUUGUGACCUAGUUGUUGUGUGUAUGUACUGACAUAUAUGUGUAACUGAUAGAUGCACACACACACACUACAUGUUAAUGUUUUUAAUUGUAUGUAAAUUGUAAUGUAUUUUGUCUGUAAUGUCGGACCCCGGUUAGACUAACUGUCGCCACUGGCGUCGGCUAGUGGGGAUCCUAAUAAUAAAAAAUUAUAAAAAACUACAAAUGUGGCCAUGGAUGUGUUACUCAUUUUAAGUUUGUAAGAUAGCCUUAACUUGAGGCUAUUUGCUUCAUUACAUAAGUAAUAUUGAAUUGUGUUUGGUUGACAACACAACCAAAUAUCAACAUUUAAAGUAGAUGUAUCUACUGCAUGGAUAGUUCCAUCUGAGCCACUGACUUAAUCCCAUAUUUGUACUUUUAUUUUUGGUUGAAUUGGAGACGUGAGUCCAACAUAUAAUUAGUUAACUUGUCGACAAGUUAAGAGGCUAUUUAUUGUAUUUCAAAAGUGAUAUUGAAAAUGCUCAUCCAACCAAGUAUCAAAAUUUGAAGGAGAUGUAUCUUCUGCUUGGCUAGUUUAAUUCCAGUUUGUCUACAAAUUAAUAAUUGAAAUGUUGGAUUCACGUAUCCAUCUGAACAAAAAAUCUAAGUUAAAGUUAAAUCAAAUCAAAUCAAACUUUAAAUGCACUUUAAAUAAAGUUUGAUUUGAUUUAGUCGUAGGGUGGCAGGUAGCCUAGCAGUUAAGAGCGUUGGGCCAGUAACUGAAAGGUUGCUGGUUCAAAUCCUAGAGCCGACUAGGUGAAAAAUCUGCCAAUGUACCCUUGAGCAAGGCACUUAAUCAUAAUUACUCAUGUAAGUUGCUCUGGAUAAGAGUGUCUGAUAAAUGUAGUCCUAUUCUUUAACUUAGAUUUUGGGUUGAGAUGGAGAUGGGAAUCCAACAUAAUACUUAUUAAUUUGUAGACAAACUGGAAUUAAUGUCAGACACUAAAUAUCAUACAAUUUUAAAUCAACCAGACCUUGAAACCCACGGCCGGCCCGCUCAUUAGGCAGCAACUCCAACAACAACACAUAAAACCUCACAUAAUUUUGCCCCAAAACAAUGACAAUUGCUUUCAACCAGUGGCAUAAGGGCUUUUUAGGCGAGCGUUGAUGCUGCCCUGUGACAAGCAGUGCUGUUGGAGAGACGCAUCGCUGUGGCGCUCCACCAACAUUCUGUCCAAAAAAUCAUCUAACAUAAAUCAUGUAGCAAAUAUAGGAUACUGUAGAAAGAGUAUGUGGCCUUUUCUGUAGCCUACAGGCUGGAGAUAAUACAAUGUAUGACAAUGUAAUGAGAUGGACACUUUUUACAUCAUGCAGGUUUCAUCCGAUCAAAUAGCCUAACCAAUCAAAUAAAAAAUGCGGUGUCAUGUUAACAAACAACAUAUCUUAAAAACAGGACAGGUCAAAGUAAAAUUAACAAUAUGGAAUGGACAAUCACAACUGUUGUCCAGGAGUUUUACCCCAUUGUCAUGAUCAGUGAUUUCAAGUUUGUAUCUGUAAAUUAUUGACAAGCUGAUCAUAGCGAAAAAGAAAAUACUUCUGCAAUUUCCGCUGUGUAAACACUUUGCAAAUAGGCUCACAAUAACUCCUGGUAAAGUUGGGUAGCUGAUAUUCAGAGCUUAAAUAGCCAAAUUGAUUAGUCACAGGAAUCAGGACUAAUAAAGCCAAUGCAACAGCCUGUUUUACAAAUGGUGGGCCAACCACAUGGAUGGGCAUUCAUAAAAUUCCAUUGUGGGCCAACAUGGUAGGCUACACCCAAGUAAGCAAGAGCUGACGUCUUUUGGAUGUCUUGUUUUGGUGUUUUAUAAACGAUAGGCUUACCACGUAGAUGGGCAUUCAUAACAUUAAAUUUCAGGCAACACUGUAGGCUACACCUCAGUAAGCAUGGGCCGACGUCGACGUCUUUUGGAUGUUUAUUUUGGUGCAGUUCGGUCCGGCCUUGAUCUGAACCAAUCAUAGACGUCUAGGUUUGGUUCAGAUUUUCUCCGGUCUGGACCAGCCUUUAUUUGGCCCAAACAUAGACGUCUAUAAAAUACGUCUUUGUCUCCCGAGUGGCGCAGUGGUCUAAGGCACUGCAUCGCAGUGCUAGCUGUGCCACUAGAGAUCCUGGUUCGCAUCCAGGCUCUGUCGUAGCCGGCCGUGACCGUGAGACCCAUGGGGCAGCGCACAAUUGGCCCAGUGUUGUCCAGGGUAGGGGAGGGAAUGGCUGGCAGGGUUGUAGCUCAGUUGGUAGAGCAUGGCGUUUGCAACGCCAGGGUUGUGGGUUCGAUUCCCACGGGGGGCCAGUAUGAAAAAUAUAAUGUAUGCACUCACUAACUGUAAGUCGCUCUGGAUAAGAGCGACUACUAAAAUGUAAAAUGUAUUUUCAACUUUCAUUCAGAAUAAAAAAUGAGCCUGAUUUCAACAUCCACAAAAUACAUAUUAUGAACGCCUGGAAAAUACCUAUUUUUAACAUCCGGAAAAUUUGUAUUUUCAGAACUGAAAAUGAACCUGAUUUCAACGUCCGGAAAGUACGUAUUUUCAACGUUCCGGAAAAAAUACCUUUUCAACGUCCUGGAAACUAUGUAUUUUAAACAUACGUAAAAUAGGUAUUUUCACCUUUCAUUCAGAACCUAAAUUGAACCUAACUUCAACGUCUGGAAAAUACGUCUUUUAUACGUCUUUUCAACAUCAUCUUGCUUACUGGGACUAUUCUAGUUUUGCAGGGGCACAUUUUUUGGUCUCACCUAGGGCUGCAGAAUGGAAAGGGCCUAUGUAUUGUCAAUUUUUUUUAUGAAUCCUGGGUUGAAUUGAAACAAUAGCGAUUGAUGACUUUGCAAAUGCUAUAUAGGCCUAAAUAGCAUCAUUGAUGGUAUGAGUGAUAAAGUAAGGUCACAUUUCAUUUGCUUUGUUAAGCCGAUCCUUUGGAAUGACUUCGAUAGCAACAGUGCAUUUAUUUAGUUUUUAAGUGGAGAUCUCUCAACAUUUAUUCUCAUGAUAGCACAUUGGUAAUUGUCAGUGACAAGUAUCAUAGCUAAGAAGGGCUUGGUUAAAACCCUGGAUGGGAGACCAAAAGAUAGCUGUAGAUAGAUCAACUUAGCGUUGAAGAGCUGACGUUAUUUUAAAGAUACAAAUUCAACAUAUUUUAUCCAAGGUUUGUCUAUGUUGAAAUUUGGUUACCAUGAUGACAUGAUGUUGAAAUUUCACCCUCAAAACAGCAGUUGAUAAUAUUUUUCAAAUCCAAGCUAUUUUCCACUUAGAUUCCACGUCACAAUACAUUGACAAAAAUUAAGUUGAAACAAUGUUGAUUCAACCAGUUUGUGCUGAGAUACAGAGAAACUGGUGCAUUAACCAGACCUCUUCAAUCACAGACCAAACUCUUUAGGUGCACUGUGUGUGUGUGUGUGUGUAUGUGUGGAGGCCUUGGGGCCUUGAAAUAGCCCUCUGGUGCAGUGUAGGUCUUAAAGCCCUGCCUCAUAAUGGCUCUGUAUGAAGGUCAUCCACACUGUUAGUGGAGAAGGGCUCCUAAUUGACUGUCUGGUUGAGGAGCGAGAGAGAGAGAGAGAGAGAGAUGGGGGUUGGAAGAGAGAGAGAAGUCAGAGAGAGAGAGAGAGAGGGAGAGAGAGAGAGAGAGAGAGAGAGAGAGAGAGAGAGAGAGAGAGAGAGAGAGAGAGAGAGAGAGAGAGAGAGAGAGAGAGCAAGGGAAGACAGGAAAAAAAGGAUAGAAAGAGUCACACAGACUUUCGACCAGGCCCAGCCCAGGCCAGGGGUCUCACUCCAAGGGUAUUGUUUACUAAGCGUUUGCUCUCUAGCAUUUCCGAUUCAGACACAUUUUAUAGUUCUGCAAUAGCUGUUCAGAGACGAAGGGAGGCAUGAUUGACUCCAACGAGAAAACACUGCAGCUUUUCUUUUUCCUGCUUUCUUUCAUUGUCUCUAACCAUUCCCACCCCUCUCUCUUUCAAAUCAAAUCAAAUCAAAUGUUAUUGGUCACAUGCGCCGAAUACAACAGGUGCAGACAUUACAGUGAAAUGCUUACUUACAGCCCUUAACCAACAGUGCAUUUAUUUUAACAAAAAAAGUAAAAAUAAAACAACAACAAAAAAAGUGUUGAGAAAAAAAGAGCAGAAGUAAAAUAAAAUAACAGUAGGGAGGCUAUAUAUACAGGGGGGUACCGGUGCAGAGUCAAUGUGCGGGGGCACCGGCUAGUUGAGAUAAUUGAAGUAAUAUGUACAUGUGGGUAGAGUUAAAGUGACUAUGCAUAAAUAAUUAACAGAGUAGCAGCAGUGUAAAAAGGAUGGGGUGGGGGGGCAGUGCGAAUAGUCCGGGUAGCCAUGAUUAGCUGUUCAGGAGUCUUAUGGCUUGGGGGUAAAAGCUGUUGAGAAGUCUUUUGGACCUAGACUUGGCACUCCGGUACCGCUUGCCGUGCGGUAGCAGGGAGAACAGUCUAUGACUAGGGUGGCUGGAGUCUUUGACAAUUUUGAGGGCCUUCCUCUGACACCGCCUGGUAUAGAGGUCCUGGAUGGCAGGAAGCUUGGCCCCAGUGAUGUACUGGGCCGUACGCACUACCCUCUGUAGUGCCUUGCAGUCGGAGGACAAGCAGUUGCCAUACCAGGCGGUGAUGCAACCAGUCAGGAUGCUCUCGAUGGUGCAGCUGUAGAAUUUUUUGAGGAUCUGAGGACCCAUGCCAAAUCUUUUCAGUCUCCUGAGGGGGAAUAGGCUUUGUCGUGACCUCUUCACGACUGUCUUGGUGUGUUUGGACCAUGAUAGUUCAUUGGUGAUGUGGACACCAAGGAACUUGAAGCUCUCAACCUGUUCCACUACAGCCCCGUCGAUGAGAAUGGGGGCGUGCUCAGUCCUCUUUUUUUUCCUGUAGUCCACAAUCAUCUCCUUUGUCUUGGUCACGUUGAGGGAGAGGUUGUUGUCCUGGCACCACACGGCCAGGUCUCUGACCUCCUCCCUAUAGGCUGUCUCAUCGUUGUCUGUGAUCAGGCCUACCACUGUUGUGUCGUCUGCAAACUUAAUGAUGGUGUUGGAGUCGUGCCUGGCCAUGCAGUCAUGGGUGAACAGAGAGUACAGGAGGGGACUGAGCACGCACCCCUGAGGGGCCCCCGUGUUGAGGAUCAGUGUGGCAGAUGUGUUGUUACCUACCCUUACCACCUGGGGGCGGCCCGUCAGGAAGUCCAGGAUCCAGUUGCAGAGGGAGGUGUUUAGUCCCAGGAUCCUUAGCUUAGUGAUGAGCUUAGAGGGCACUAUGGGGUUGAAUGCUGAGCUGUAGUCAAUGAAUAGCAUUCUCACGUAGGUGUUCCUCUUGUCCAGGUGGGAAAGGGCAGUGUGGAGUGCAAUAGAGAUUGCAUCAUCUGUGGAUCUGUUGGGGCGGUAUGCAAAUUGGAGUGGGUCUAGGGUUUCUGGGAUAAUGCUGUUGAUGUGAGCCAUGACCAGCCUUUCAAAGCACUUCAUGGCUACAGACGUCAGUGCUACGGGUCGGUAGUCAUUUAGGCAGGUUAUCUUAGAGUCCUUGGGCACGGGGACUAUGGUGGUCUGCUUGAAACAUGUUGGUAUUACAGACUCAGUCAGGGACAUGUUGAAAAUGUCAGUGAAGACACUUGCCAGUUGGUCAGCACAUGCUCGGAGUACACGUCCUGGUAAUCCGUCUGGCCCUGCGGCCUUGUGAAUGUUGACCUGCUUAAAAGUCUUACUCACAUCGGCUACGGAGAGCGUGAUCACAUAGUCAUCCGGAACAGCUGGUGCUCUCAUGCAUGCUUCAGUGUUGCUUGCCUCGAAGCGAGCAUAGAAGUGGUUUAGCUCGUCUGGUAGGCUUGUGUCACUGGGCAGCUCGCGGCAGUGCUUCCCUUUGUAGUCUGUAAUAGUUUUCAAGCCCUGCCACAUCCGACGAGCGUCAGAGCCAGUGUAGUACGAUUCAAUCUUAGCCCUGUAUUGACUCUUUGCCUGUUUGAUGGUUCGUCGGAGGGCAUAGCGGGAUUUCUUAUAACCGUCCGGGUUAGAGUCCCGUUCCUUGAAGGCGGCAGCUCUACCCUUUAGCUCAGUGCGGAUGUUUCCUGUAAUCCAUGGCUUCUGGUUGGGGUAUGUACGUACGGUCACUGUGGGGACGACAUCAUCGAUGCACUUAUUGAUGAAGCCAGUGACCGAUGUGGUGUACUCCUCAAUGCUGUCUGAAGAAUCCCGGAACAUGUUCCAGUCUGUGCUAGCAAAACAGUCCUGUAGCUUAGCAUCUGCGUCAUCUGACCACUUUUUUAUUAACCGAGUCACUGGUGCUUCCUGCUUUAGUUUUUGCUAAUAAGCAGGAAUCAGGAGGAUAGAGUUAUGGUCAGAUUUGCCAAAUGGAGGGCGAGGGAGAGCUUUGUAUGCGUCUCUGUGUGUGGAGUAAAGGUGGUCUAGAGUUUUUUUUCCUCUGGUUGCACAUUUAACAUGCUGGUAGAAAUUAGGUAGAACGGAUUUAAGUUUCCCUGCAUUAAAGUCCCCGGCCACUAGGAGCGCUGCAUCUGGAUGAGCGUUUUCCUGUUGAUUUAUGGCCUUGUACAACUCAUUCAGUGCAAUCUUAAUGCCAGCAUUGGUUUGUGGUGGUAAAUAGACAGCUAUGAAAAAUAUAGAUGAAAACUCUCUUGGUAAAUAGUGUGGUCUACAGCUUAUCAUAAGAUACUCUACCUCAGGCGAGCAAAACCUAGAGACUUCCUUAGUAUUUGAUUUUGUGCACCAGCUGUUGUUUACAAAUAUACACAGACCGCCACCCCUUGUCUUACCGGAGUCAGCCGUUCUAUCCUGCCGAUGUAGGGUAUAGCCCGCUAGCUGUAUGUUAUCAUUGUCGUCGUUCAGCCACGACUUGGUGAAACAUUGGAUAUUACAGUUUUUAAUGUCCCGUUGGUAGGAUAACCGUAAUCUUAGGUCAUCCAAUUUGUUAUCCAGUGAUUGAAGAUUGGCUAAUAGGAUUGAUGGAAGAGGCAGUUUACUCGCUCGCCGUCGGAUCCUUACAAGGCACCCCGAUCUACGUCCACGAUAUCUCCGUCUCUUCCUCACGCGAAUGACGGGGAUUUGGGCCUUGUCGGGUGUCUGCAUGAUAUCCUUUGCCGCCGCCUCGUUGAAGAAAAAAUCUUCGUCCAAUACGAGGUGAGUAAUCGCUGUCCUGAUAUCCAGAAGCUCUUUUUGGUUAUAAAAGACGAUGGCAGAAACAUUAUGUACAAAAUAAAUUACAAAUAACGCGGAAAAGCACACAUAAUAGUACAAAUGGUUAGAGGGCUGUAAAACGGCAGCCAUCUUCUCCGGCGCUGUUCAGACAGGGGGAUGUUACCUCCCACUAUGUACCCCUUUUAUCUCUUACUCUUACUCUUUUUAUCCCAUGUCCUCUUCAUUACAUCCCCCUCUCUGUGUCUCACUGCUAUUAAGGGAUUGUGAUGGUGAGAUAUUAUUGUGAGGUAGUAUAAUCUCUAUAGUAUUCUCUCUGCAGUUUAGUCAUGCUUAGCUGGCUCAUUUAAACCCACUCGACUGAGGAGAACAGAGAGGAGGAGGAAGAGGAUGAGGAGGAGAGAGCCGGAGACUACGGUUGAGUCUGCCUCCCUACAAAACACUCCGACACACUUCAAAUCUCUCCUUCUCUCCUCCUGUCUUCACUCCAUCAAUCCUCCUCGCCCUCCAUCUAUCUUCUCUGUGUUCUGUUGAAGGUUUGACUCAGGGUUAGUGGAUAGACACAGCAGGGGUCAGGAGAGCAUGAUUGGAGGUUUAUGUGUCUGUGUGUGCGUGUGUCUGUGUGUGUAUUAAUCAACACAAUGGGGUGAUAAAUUGGCUGAGCUGGAUCCUGAGGUCAACUAAUUAAAGCAUCCAGGGACAGAGCACCAACGCUGUGUGUGUGUCUGUGUGUGUCUUUGUGUGUGUGUGAAAUGUAUGGGUUAAACUGAAAAAACUAACAGACACAAACCAGCUCACAGUCUGAUGUCAAGUGUUCUGUCCACCCUGGCCUGCCCCCUCAUGUCAGUAGGCUGGUGAAGACUGCGGGCUGCAGGCAGGCAGGAGGCAGGAUACUAAUACAAGUGUCUGCCUCCUGAUAAUGGACUGCUUUGUUCCCUGACAGGCCUCCUAUCUCUCUCUGUGUGUGUGCGUGCGUGUGUGUGUGUGUGCGUGCCUGCGUUCGUGCGUGCAUGUGUGUGUAAAACUGGCAUUUUCUCAAAUGAAUCAGAAUCAAAAUAGACUGAACCAAAAUAUAAACGCAAAAUGUAAAGUGUUCGUCCCAUGUUUCAUGAGCUGAAAUAAAAGAUCCAAGAAAUGUUCCAUAUGCACAGAAAGCUUAUUUCGCUAAAAUUUUGUGCACAAAUUUGUUUACAUCCCUGUUAGUGAGCAUUUCUCCUUUGCCAAUAUAAUCCAUCCACCUGACAGGUGUGGCAUAACAAGAAGCCGAUUAAACAGCAUGAUUAUUACACAGGUGCACCUUGUGCUGGGGACAAUAAAAGGCCACUCUAAAAUGUGCAGUUUUGUCACACAACACAAUACCAUAGAUGUAUCAAGUUUUGAGGGAGAGUGCAAUUGGCAUGCUGACUGCAGGAAUGUCCACCAGAGCUGUUGCCAGAUAAUUUAAUGUAAUUGUUCAUACCAUAAGCCGCCUCCAACGUCGUUUUAGAGAAUUUGGCAGUAAGUCCAACCGGCCUCACAACCCCAGACCACAUGUAUCCACACCAGCCCAGGACCUCCACAUCCGGCUUCUUCACCUGUGGGAUGGUCUGAGACCAGCCUCCCAGACAGCUGAUGAAACUCUGGGUUUGCACAACCGAAGAAUUUCUGCACAAACUGUCAGAAACUGUCUAUGGGAAGCUCAUCUGAGUGCUCGACGUCCUCACCAGGGUCUUGACCUCACUGCAGUUCGGCGUGGUAACUGUCUUCAGUGGGCAAAUACUCACCUUCGGUGGCCACUGGCAUGCUGGAGAAGUGUGCUCUUCACGGAUGAAUCCCAGUUUCAACUGUUCCGGGCAGAUGGCGUCGUGUGGGCGAACGGUUUGGUGAUGUCAACGUUGUGAACAGAGUGCCCCAUGGUGGCGGUGGGGUUAUGGUAUUGGUAGGCAUAAACUACGGACAACGAACAUAAUUCAAUUUUAUCGAUGGCAAUUUGAAUGCACAGAGAUACCGUGACGAGAUCCUGAGGCCCAUUGUCAUGCCAUUCAUCCACUGCAAUUCCCUUAUGUUUUAGCAUGAUAAUGCACAGCCCAAUGUUGCAAGGAUCUGUACACAAUUCCUGGAAGCUGAAAAUGUCCCAGUUCUUCCAUGGCCUGCAUACUCACCAGACUGCUCACUCAUCACCCAUUGAGCAUGUUUGGGAUGCUCUCAAUUGACAUGUAUGACAGCGUGUUCAAGUUCCUGCCAAUAUCCAUCAACUUCGCACAGCCAUUGAAGAGGAGUGGGACAACAUUCCCCAGGCCACAAUCAACAGCCUGAUCAACUCUAUGACAAAUGGUGGUCACACCAGAGACUGUCUGAUUUUGUGAUCCAUGCCCCUACCUUUUUUUAAGGUAUCUGUGACCAACAGAUGCAUAUCUGUAUUCCCCAUCAUGUGAAAUCCAUAGAUUAGGGCCAAACAUCAACCUCAGGGGAUUCCCUGAAUCUUGGGGGAAUCCCCAAAGAACCCCUGGAAUGUACCCAAUGUUCCAGUUCCGGAAUUACUCAGCUGUUUCUCUCUGCUGUCUGCCUUCUCUCCUCUUCUCCUCUCCUUCUCUCCUCUUCUCCUCUCCUCUUAUCCUCUCAUCCGUGCUGAGAGUGUAGUGGCAAGGAGCGUAGCAUGGACGGGGAAUUAUGCUUACACAUAAGAGCUAAUUACCAUAGAGACAAACCCACCACGCCUCUCCCCGCUUGACGCUUCCUGCUCUCAUCUCGUCUGGUGGAGAUAGCAGCGGCAGCAGCAGCUAAAGUUGAGAAGUAUUCCCUCUGGGUUGGAGGCAGAGCUGCACACUGUACCGUACCGUUGGAGAGGAGAGAAAAGAUAGACAGUCUGCAGAAAUAUCUCUCUAAAGUCUAUGAUUAGUUUCUAUUUCAAUUAGACUAAAUGCAGCUUUAUUUGAUGAAUACUUACUACGCAGUCGUUUGUUAUGGAAGUCAACUUCUUUUACAGCAGUUCCGGGAAACUGUGUUUGUGUGUCUGUGUAUGAAUCACAUUGGUUAGAUGUGAGGGUAAGGGUUAAAGACUGGGGUGUCACUGAGGGAACGUCUCAAGUGACACCCUAUUUUGCCCCAGGAAAAAGGAACAUGGUGUAUCAUUUGGGAUGCAGUCUGAGGUUCUACUACACCCUGACCCCUGGUUGAACCCUACUAUGCCCUCCCCUCUCCUCCUAUCCACUCUUCCCUCCUCCCCACCCCAACCUCCCCUCUUCCCAACCAUUUAUGACUGAUACCAGCCCAGCUGUGCUGAGUCAUAAAGUCAAUUAGGUGUUGUUAGCUGAUACCAUCUCCCUGGACUGUUUCUACAUGUGUGUGUCAUGUGUGUGAUAUAUGCCUCUAGCUUUGUGUAUAUGCUGCCCUCUGACUCUAAAUGAUAGUGUUAAGAGCACAGCCCUAAAGCGAUUAUUAUAGUGUCAUUAUAGACUACAGGUCGUUUGUUAGUUACUUAAGUGUAUAUCUCAUUGAGCGUAGUAUUAAGGGUAUUCUUCUGACUCGGUUUAGAAUUGUUUAACAACAAUAACAAUUUCAGAGUACAAUAACAACAAUAACAAUUUCUCAGUCUGUAGCUACUCUUAAUUUGAUAGUGCUGCCAGUGUAGAGUGUAUGAUGUCCCAUAGUUUCUGUUAUAGACUCUACUGUCUGUUGUCACCAAUAAUGAAGAAGUGUCUCUCACCGUCCUGUCUGUAUGUCUCGAUAAGGCCCUCUACCUUCAGCCUAUCUGUCCCAUCACCUCCACGAGACCAAGGGAACACAGAAGAGAGGAAAACAGAGAGGGGCUCUGGGCUCUGGGCUUCCCGGCAAUGAUGGGGCACAGCGUCUGUGAACGAUCGCCUCUCCCCACAAACAAACAUUAGCAUUUUUAUUAGCAUAUCUAGACGCUGGCUGAGUGCAGUGGAUUAUUUACUGCCCCCCCCCCACCCCACUUGGGACUGGAAGAGAGAUCACGCUUGCUUCUUGUGGAAAAACAACCUUAUCUGAUAGUUUAUAGGUCAGUGUUGUGGUAUAAAAUGCUCACUUAUCAAACGCUGUGGUCAGAACAUAGUAUCGUUGAAGUUCAGUUACUGUUGAGGCUUCCAUAGUGAAGUUCAGUUAUUGUUGAGGCUUCCAUUGUGAGGUUCAGUUAGUGUUGAGGCUUCCAUAGUGAGGCUCAGUUAGUGUUGAGGCUUCCAUAGUGAGGUUCAGUUAGUGUUGAGGCGUCCAUAGUGAGGUUCAGUUAGUGUUGAGGCUUCCAUAGUGAGGUUCAGUUAGUGUUGAGGCUUCCAUAGUGAGGUUCAGUUAGUGUUGAGGCUUCCAUAGUGAGGUUCAGUUAGUGUUGAGGCGUCCAUAGUGAGGUUCAGUUAGUGUUGAGGCUUCCAUAGUGAGGUUCAGUUAGUGUUGAGGCUUCCAUAGUGAGGUUCAGUUAGUGUUGAGGCGUCCAUAGUGAGGUUCAGUUAGUGUUGAGGCUUCCAUAGUGAGGUUCAGUUAGUGUUGAGGCUUCCAUAGUGAGGUUCAGUUAGUGUUGAGGCUUCCAUAGUGAGGUUCAGUUAGUGUUGAGGCGUCCAUAGUGAGGUUCAGUUAGUGUUUAGGCUUCCAUAGUGAGGUUCAGUUAGUGUUUAGGCUUCCAUAGUGAGGUUCAGUUAGUGUUGUAACUUCAUGGCUGCCUGUGUGUUCUUUAUUAGGUUUGUCUGUCUGCAGGUCCCCAGGCAAAUCAGAUCGAUUGGAUCUCUGACCCUUCAGUUGUUUAUCAAUGACUGGGAAAUGACAGGCCUGGUUAAAUCACAUCACUCUUUCUGCUCUGGACUCUACUAAAACAGUCAGACAUGCAGUGAUACUGAUACAGUUACUGUGUGUGAGACACACCGGCUUCUCUGUGUGUGUGUGUGUGUGUGUGUGUGUGUGUGUGUGUGUGUGUGUGUGUGUGUGUGUCCUCCCUAGUCAGCAGUUUGCCUGAAAAGCCAUUUUGGUCCAGAUGGUUCAGAUCAUUUUCAAGUGCUGCAAAAUCUGCCCUUGAGCAAGGCACUGAACCCUAAUUGCUCCUGUAAGUUGCUCUGGAUAAGAGCAUCUAAAUGACAAAAAAAGAAAAAAAAGAAGUGUCACUUAAAAAGCUAACGCUAUAUAAAAUUAAUAUUUUUUCUCUCUCCUUCUUUUAUCCAACCUUCUAAUUCUCUCCCUCCCCCUCUUCUCUCUCCCGCUCUCUAUUUCUAUCUUCCAUUCUCUUUUUUAUUUUGAUCUCGCUCCUCUCCCUCUCCCCCCUCUCUGCAGGCAGCAUAGUGUACCUGGGGAUGAUGGUGGGGGCAUUCUUCUGGGGGGGUCUGUCGGACAAGGUGGGCCGUAAACAGUGUCUGCUUAUCGCUAUGUCUGUCAACGGCUUCUUCUCCUUCCUCUCCUCCUUCGUCCAGGGGUACGGCAUGUUUCUCUUCUGCCGCAUGCUCUCCGGCUUCGGGUGAGUGUUGUCCGUUUUGUUCUGUUCUAUUAUAUUAUAUUAUAUUCUACUCUACUCUAUUCUAAAAUACUCUAACCUUCUCUUCUCUAUUGUACUCUACUCUGUUGUGUUCUUUUCUAUUAAAUUCUACUAUACUAUACUACACACUUUUAUUCUUUUCUUUUCUAUUCUACUCUACUCUAUUCUACUCUAUUAUAGUCCUUUGUAAUAUGGCUUCCCACUGUCUUGAAGAACAGUUCAUUUCCCUUUGCUCUUCCAGAACACCAUUAAGUUCUACAGACAGCCCUGUUCUUGAACGCUCUGCUCCACUAAAAGUCUUCCAUGAUGACAUUGUGUUCUACUUGGUUGAGAGUUAGUGGUCUCCCACUCUUACUCUCUGUCGCUCUGUCUCUUAUCUCUCUCUCUCUCUCACUCUCUCUCUCUCUCUCUCUCUCUCUCUCUCUCUCUCUCUCUCUCUCUCUCUCUCUCUCUCUCUCUCUCUCUCUCUCUCUCCUCUCUCUCUCUCUCUCUCUCUCUCCUCUCUCUCUCUCUCUUUCUCUCUCUCUCUCUCCCUCCCUAUACACUCUUAGAAAAAAAGGUGCUAUCUGGAACCCUUUGGAGAACCCUUUGAAGAACCCUUUUUGGUUCCAGGUAGAACUAUUUUGAGGUCCAUGUAGAACCCUUUCCACAGAGAUUUCUACAUGGAACCAAAAAUAGUUCUAACUGGAACCAAAAAGGGUUCUCCUAUGGGAACAGCCGCAGAACCCUUUUGGAACCCUUUUUUCUAAGAGUGUAAUCCUCCAAAGUCAGAGAACAGGACAGGAGGUUAUUCUAACUGUCUGGCAUCAGCCCAUCCCCUGAGUGGGAGAGAGAAAGAACAGAGAAAAACACAAACGUUAGCUAAACAUUCGCAGCAGACUAAAUGUCCUUACAUUUCUGUUUUAUGAAUGAUUAAAAGUCUGUUUGUAGGUCACAAGAUGUUUCAGGCUUUGACAGUGGAAAGAAAAUGUAAAUUAGUAAAUUAAACAAGAAAAUAGGUAGAGACAUUGAUACUAGGUACAGACUUUUGCUAAAUAAAAAAAGGUCUGCAAAAAGAUGAAUAACCAGAUGAUAAAUAGAGACUUUGACAGAAUAAAUGCCCUUACCUCUUACCUAAUACACUCUCUGCAUGAUUAGCUGGUGAUUGUUGCACAUGAUUAUUCAUAGCCUGACCUGGCUCUCCGGUGGGUUUACAGUAAAAGUAAAUGUAAUUGAAUCUGAGACAGCCUGUUUUGACCUCAGGGGAUUCAUAAAUCACUGGACUGUUUCUAAAGCAGGGUUUCACUUGGACAGAGCAACACAAUAGAUUUACACUCAGCUGUGGUAGUACUGUGUGUGUGUGUGUGUGUGUGUGUGUGUGUGUGUGUGUGUGUGUGUGUGUGUGUGUGUGUGUGUGUGUGUGUGUGUGUGUGUGUGUGUGUGUGUGCGUAUGUGCAUGUGUGCGUGUGUGCGUCAAAUCAAAUCAAAUCAAAUGUUAUUUGCCAAACGCUCCGAAUACAACAGGUGUAGACCUUACAGUGAAAUGCUUACUUACAAGCCCUUAACCAACAAUGCAGUUAAAAAAUAAAUUUGUAAAAGUGUUAAGUAAAAAAUAGAUAAGUAAAAAAUAGAAAAUAGCAAAUAAUUAAAGAGCAGCAGUAAAAUAAAAUAACAGUAGGGAGGCUAUAUACAGGGGGUACCGGUACAGAGUCAAUGUGCGGGGGCACCGGUUAGUCGAGGUAAUUGAAGUAAUAUGUACGUGUGUGUGUGUGAGUGUGCGUGUGUGAGUGUAUGUGCGCGCGUGUGUGUGUAAGCAUGUGUGUGUGGUGUGUUCGCGCGUGUUCGUGCGUGUGUAUCAUAGACUUCACCUUACUGCAGCUCGACUCUACCAGUCAUACUUAUUGCCAGCAUACUCUAUCUAAUACAAUACCUGUCUUACUUUUAUUUCCAUGUCGAUUUAAAGAAUCUUCUCUCCUUCUCUCCUCAUCUCUUUAAUAGCCACCAGCUGGUGGUUUCCGCUGCUUGUCAGAGGAAUGAUAUCUACUACCAUUUGCAUAGAAUUGCUACACUUACAGGUAGCUUAUACUCACUUCCACUCUAUUCUCAAUAAGUAACUUUUAGGUUUCCCAGACAAGUCUCCAUUUUAUUCCCUUCCCAAACAAACCCAUCAAUAGAGACCCUAACAACAAAAGCAGCAGAAAUAGAUGGAUAAACAGUCAGUGAUGGAAAAAGUACCCAAUUGUCAUACUUGAGGAAAAAUCUAUAUAUACCUUAAUAGAAAAUGACUCAAGUAAAAGUGAAAGUCACCCAGUAAAAUACUACUUGAGUAAAAGUAUAAAAGUAUUUGGUUUUAAAUAUAGUAUCAAAAGUAAAUGUAAUUGCAAAAAUAUACUUAAGUAUCAAAAGUCAAAGUCAAAGUAUAAAUCAUUUCAAAUUCCUUAUAUUAAGCAAACCAGACGGCACCGUUUUUUUCUUUCUUUCUUUUUUCGGAUAGCCAGUGGCACACUCCAACACUCAGACAUAAUUUAUAAACAAAGCAUUUGUGUUUAUUGAGUCCGCCAGAUCAGAGGCAGUAGGGAUUACCAGGGAUGUUCUCUUGAUAAGUGUGUGAAUUGGACCAUUUUCCUGCAUUCAAAAUGUAACGAGUACUUUUGGGUGUCAGGGAAAAUGUAUGGAGUAAAAAGUACAUCAUUUUCUUUAGGAAUGUAGUGAAGUAAAAGUAAAAGUUGUCAAAAAUGUAAACAGUAAAGUGUACAGAUACCCCAAAAAACAACUUAAGUAGUACUUUAAAGUAUUUUUACUUAAGUACUUUACACCACUGUGGAUAAAUAAUAAUAUAUAAAUAGUUUGAUGUCUGUCGUACUGUGUUGCCAAUGGGACCAGAUGAAAGGCUGUUUGGCUGCUGACUGCUGGUUCCUCUGGUGGCCUAUUGAUUUGAUCAUCCACCAGAUCUCUCUCUCUCUCUCUCUCUCUGUCUCUGUCUCUGUCUCUGUCUCUGGUCUUCUGUCUCUCUCUCUCUCUCUCUAUCUCUCCUACUCUCUCUAUCAUCUCAUUAUUUCUCCUCUCUCUACUAUCUCUGUCUCUCUGUCUCUCUGUCUCUCUCUCUCUCUCUCCUCUCUCUCUCUCUCUCUCGCUCUCUCGUCUCUCUGUUUCCUCUGUCUCAUUGUCCUCUCGCUCCUCUCUCUCUCUCUCUCUCUUGUCUCGGUCUCUGUCUAUGUCUCUGUCUCUCUCUCUUCUCUCUCUCUCUCUCUCUCUCUCUCUCUCUCUCUCUCUCUCUCUCUCUCUCUCUCUCUCUCUCUCUCUCUCUCUCGCAACAAAAAAAACAUGUAUGCACUCACUAACUGUAAGUCGCUCUGGACAAGAGCGUCUGCUAAAUGACUAAAAUGUAAAUGUAAAAAUGUUCUGUCUUUCUGUUUCUCUCUCCAGACUUAGUCCCAUUACGUUAGAUGACAGCAGCCAUGUUAUUUCCUGAACUGCUCACACAAACUCACAUACAACACCAAUGACCAGACAUAUAGUGCUGACUAUAUUUCCCAUGUCUCCAUGCAGGAUUGGUGGGGCGGUGCCCAUCGUGUUCCCUUACUUUGCUGAGUUCCUGGCAAGGGAGAAGAGAGGAGAGCACCUGAGCUGGCUCUGCAUGUUCUGGAUGAUAGGAGGGAUCUACGCCUCGGCCAUGGCCUGGCUCAUCAUACCACACUACGGUGAGUGA